AUGAGCGAAAAGCAAUCCUUCGGGGACGAAUGGUCCCAAACCCGACGCAAAGGCAUCAGCAAGUGGAAUUGGAAGCUUUUUGUCGCGGGCGCUUUCACUUGCGCCGCUUGGUAUUGGCUGACCCCUCAGAGCCGCCCUCACUGCUCGCACCGUCAUCAUCUCCACCGUCAGCACGAGGGCGAAAACAUCCAAUGGAAGCCUUGCGGAGAGAUCAGCAACCGAACUCUCGAGUGCAGCGACAUUGAUGUGCCGAUUGACCAGUUCAAUCCGGGGGCCAGCAACAAAACCUUCAAUGUACCCAUUGUCCGGAUGCGCGGCAAGGAUGGAAGUCCCAACCUGCUGCUGAACCCUGGUGGACCUGGUGGUAGUGGGUUUGAGUUCAUCCAUAGACGGGGUGAGCAGCUGAGCACUAUUGUUGGUGAUGGCUUCCAUCUUCUUACCUUCGAUCCCCGUGGUAUCAACUCUUCGACACCAACUGCUUCAUGUUAUCCUAGCAAAGAGGCGCGUAAACAGCUCGGAUCUGUAAAUGAUGCGGAUAUCACUAAGGAUGGCGCCGAGGCUUUCGCCUGGACUCACAACUAUGUCAGAGCCUGUGAGGAUACGAUGGGCGAACAUGGACAUUACAUCAACACGCCACAAACAGCCGCAGAUAUGAACAGCAUCCUCGAUGCUGUUGGUCAGAAAGACAUGUACUACUGGGGCUUCAGCUAUGGAACUCUUCUCGGCCAGACUUAUGCUACCUUAUUCCCCGAGAGAUCUCACAGAGUCAUCAUUGAUGGAGUCGUCAACCAAUUUCUCUGGUAUGAGUCUCGCCUCGACGAAGAAGACCUCAACGAUACCGAGAAUGUCAUGGAUGGACUUUUCAAAGAGUGUGCCAAGUCCGGUGAUGCUUGCCCACUGUCCUCAAUGGCAGACUCUUGGGAAGGUCUUAAAGAGAAAUUUGUCUCUUUCGCCAAUGACCUCAAGAAUCAACCCAUGAAUGUAUAUGUCAACAACAGCAUGUAUGGCCUGCUCGACUACCAGAAGAUUUGGUUCGGAGCUCUGUUCCCAGUCUUGUACAAACCCGAGAGGUGGCACAUGUUCGCCGAACGUAUGAGUCAGCUUCUCAACGGCAACGCGACACAGGCUUUGAUGGACUAUGGUCUGGGUGGUGAAGAUGACAGUGAUCCGCUCUACUUUGUUUCGCUGAACGAUGGAAUGUCAGGUCCUAAGCACUGGCCGCAAGAUCUCGACUCCCUUUUGGAUAUUGUGGUGCCAACUUUCAACCGCAGCCUCUUCGCGCCAGACGACAUUGUUCAGCUCUUCGCUAAACAGCAAUGGCGUGUCCCAAAAACGCACAACUACGUCCCUCGCAACGGUGUAGAGACCGCGCAUCCCUUGCUUAUCCUUACCACGACAUACGACCCUGUAUGCCCUCUCGUCUCAGCCAGGACCGCUCUCGCUGCCUUUGAAGAUUCGCGACUCAUCGAGGUCAAGGGCUACGGACACUGUUCUGUUGCGGUUCCUUCACUUUGUCUCGCCAAGCACGUUCGGGGAUUCCUUUACAAUGGAACUUUGCCUGCUGCUAAUGAGACGCAGUGCGAAGUUGAUGGACCGUACUUUAAGCCAAAUGGAGCUGCAAGCGUUCAGAGUUUUGACGAUGCUGAGGAUCAGGCGAUUCACCUUGCACAGGUUGAGUUGGCACGAGAUCCCGACUGGCCUCGACCUGUUCGUCUGUAA